UUCGCAGUUAUUGUUGCAUGUUUCGUGAUUAAAAAUACCUAAGAUUAUGCGAACCAUGUUGUUCUUAUAGUUUUCCAGUUUUCUUUCAUGAAACUGAAAGUAAUAUAAAUAAAUAUUGGAAACUGGAAGUGUUAAUUAAUCAGAAAAGAAAAGAGGAAAAAGUGGACAAGAUAGAUGGGAGGUUUCGAUGUAUUGAUGAAUAAUUCGGGUUGUGCAACUUGCACGCUCGAACCACCACCUGACAUUCUUCACAUACCACCGCCACCGUUUCCAGCGAUUCUUCAACAAAGUUCUGAUUUUUAUCCACAUACAGAUUUGUUAUCAUUUCCACCGCAUCUUAAUGACAGCCCAUGCAAACAUUUCUGUGAUCGCCGUUCUGAAGGAGUACAAUACAUAGAGCUACCACAGCAAGGAACAGUAUUCGAUAAUACGUGGUUACUGGUUUUAAUAUCAUCUUGCAUCGGCGUAACUUUAAUAGGCAUCAUAUUAGCGACGUUACUCUUGAAAUGCAAAUUCAAUAGAAGUGGUAAGAGUGGCGUGAUUUCUAUACCGAAUGCAACAUCUGGUAUACAAACGAAAAAUGGAAGAAUUCAAAACGAGGCUGUUCUUUAUCCUUGUACAGCUGAUACUAUGCAAGAUAGCCGUGUUAUGUGGGCUACACUUACGCCACGGGGUACUACUAGACACUAUUUAGAGGAACAUACUUAUGAAACGAUCGGCGGUGGACAAUUUCAUAAACGUGCCUGUUCAACUACGCCAACUGAACAUACUUAUGCAGAUCCACCGGUAACUACGCCAAUUCAAAAUCGGUUGAAAGACGACAAAGCCUUUGAUAACACUGCGUUUGUAGAUUAUGAAGAACCUUCAUUAAUAAAGACUGAUUAUUAUCAGCUCAAUGAUGUUUUGGAAUCAAGUGAUCCAGGUAUACAAAGAGGAACCUCACGCCCUCGUGUUAGCUCACCAACACGAAUCGAACAUCCAAAUUUACCACCACUUAAUCUUCAUCCUCAUAAACGUUCCUCUCGUAAAGGUUCUGCAACGCCACAAGCAUCCGAUACAUUAUUAAGAAGUAGUAUUACGUCAUCCACAUACAUUCCUACUAUAUAA